CAGGCGCGUGCCGCUUUUUAAAGCGACGCCGCGCAUUGAGACGCUAGAGGAGUCCUGCACGCGACACUGUGAAAGCACACGUUGCUAAAGAAACAUUUUUGAUAGCGUUUUAUAUUUGGUUAAGUUAUUUAGUCCUGCAAGCCACCUGAUUUAUAUAUUUUUAAAUGGAUGUUAUCAGUGUUGAGGAAUGGAGUAAAGACGCGAAGGAGAGUAGCAAGGUGCAGCAGUCGAGAAUGGAGAGGGGGGAGCAGAGCGAGUACCCAUCAAGUCUGGCACUCAUGGACAGCAGUGACCCACGCGCCUGGCUGGCUCCCGUGCAGCCUGCUGGCACCUGCGCGGCACACGCCGAAUACCUGCUGCACUCGCCCAGCUCCAGCAUGUCCCCCGCAUCCGGUCACAGCCCAAACUUUAGAAAAAGUUCCAAGAGCCCGCUCAAAGUGCGGGAGUUGUGUCGGCUCAAGGGUUCGGUGAGCACCGAGGAUGGCAGACACAGAGCCCCAUCCAAACCUGGCAACGGAGUCCAGAAGCAGAGGCGCCAGGCUGCCAAUGCGCGGGAGAGAAGACGGAUGCAUGGACUGAACCAUGCCUUUGACGAGCUGCGCAGUGUCAUCCCUGCUUUCGACGACGACAAGAAGCUUUCCAAAUACGAUACCCUGCAGAUGGCCCAAAUCUACAUCAACGCGCUGGCGGAUCUGCUGCAGGGUCCCGGUGUUGACUCGCCAAAGUGUGACCUGUUGUCCGCCAAGGAGAGUCCUCGGGGAUCCUCCUCAUCCACCUGCCGAAGGGGCUCAGGCACGGGGCUACCAGUCCAGUUUAACGGAAUCCCAUUCCCCUUCGAAGACGGCUCGUUCUCUGCUUUGAUGGAGCAGGAGAUACGCUCUCCCUCGGGGACACCUACUUCCGAUUUGGAGAGCAGAAAAGACUCCCCCCGGUCCAACCGCAGCGACGGAGAGUUCUCCCCGCUCUCUCAUUUCAGCGACUCAGAUGAGAUGCAGAUGGAGCUCCAGAGCGAAGACGAACUAUCUGAACUCAAACUUCCCAGCCAUCACUCAUUUUGAAACUUCACCAGAGACUUUCUAAUCGUGUCAAUAAUAUCUGAUGCUAGCAUAGCCUACAUUUUAUAAUAUGAUAGAUUGGGCUUUCCGAAAUCGUUUUGUUUCGUUUGAGAGUUCUAUUUUAUUAACUGUUAGAUAAAGAUGAUUUUAUGUCAGAUAAUUCGGUUCUGCCAAUAGAAUUGAUCGUCUCAUUGAGACAUAUAAGGACCCCUCUGCCAUGUCGUCUGUCGCGCGCAGCAUUGCCACGGGCUUUCCCAAUAUCACAGCAUGGACAAAACGCUGUCUUCCAAGAAAUUGCCUGAUAUUUUUAAAUGUAAAGGUUGUUUGUAAUUAUAUUUCCUUAUACUGCUCAUGAUCAUGAUUUCAUUGUUUGUAAAUGAAUCGUAUGAAUUUGUUUGCGACUUCAAAAGUUAACAAUUCGCACUUUAAAACAAGAGCCAGAGGCUUGGAGUAACAUGACUUUGUUAUUGAACCAUAGUUUGUUUUUUAGUAGGCCUGCCAAUUUGAUAUUUAAUAUAUCAAUGUCGUGUUCUUUUUGUAUUUUGGGCUAUUCACUUCAAAUUAACAUGUGUGUGUCUGUGCUUUCAUUGGAUGAUUGAAGUUUAAUUACUCCUAAUUGUUUUCAUUAUUUUUUUUUUCAUUUAAAUGUGUAAUUUCAAAUG